GCGACCAAUGGCCUGGCAGAGUUCGUUUUAGGAAGUGCUUGAGCGGCAGUGGCCAGAGGAGGGAAUCUCUGCCGGAAACUCUGUUGGGAGAGACUGCGGCGGGUGGCACUGGUGUCCCGCCAUGGACUGUGCUGUCGCUCCCGUCUGGCCGUCCACGGAGGAUUGGGCCUGGGCUGGCCUCGGCUGCGGCUGCAAGGGGCGUGAAGGCCCCGCCCCCGUUCUCCUAUCAAGGACAUGGGCGGUAGCCUCCUGGGGCCGAGCACACAGGGGAGGUCACGCAGGGUGGCCCCCGAUGGGCGGACAGCUGAGCGCUUCCGGCAGCUUCCAGAGCCUGCCAUGCACCACAAAUGCAGACUGGAUGUCGGCGCUGUGCCCCCUGCUCUGGGAUGUGCCCCUGCACCACCUGUCCAUCCCAGGGAGCCACGACACCAUGACCUACUGCCUGAACAAGAACUCGCCCAUUUCCCAGACCCAGUCCCGGCUCCUGCAGCUUCUGGACAAGGUGCUGCCGUGUGUCACCCGCCCCCUGGUGCUUAAGUGGUCCACCACCCAGGUGCUGAACGUCACGGAGCAGCUGGACGCGGGGGUGCGGUACCUGGACCUGCGGAUCGCGCACAUGCUCGUUGGCUCUGAGAAGAACCUACACUUUGUGCACAUGGUGUACACGACCGUGCUGGUGGAGGACACGCUCACAGAGAUCUCAGAGUGGCUGGAGAGCCACCCCCGGGAGGUCGUCAUCCUGGCGUGCAGGAACUUCGAGGGCAUGACGGAGGACCUGCAUGAGUACCUGGUGGCCUGCAUCAAGAACAUCUUUGGAGACAUGCUGUGUCCCCGAGGGGAGGUGCCUACCCUGAGGCAGCUGUGGGCGCGCGGCCAGCAGGUCAUCGUGUCCUACGAGGAGGCGAGCGUCGUGAGCCGCCACGCGGAGCUGUGGCCCGGGAUCCCGUACUGGUGGGGCGACCAGGUGAAGGCUCAGGAGCUCAUCCGCUACCUCGAGCGCAUGAAGAGCUGCGGCCGCCCAGGCGGGCUGUUCGUGGCGGGCAUCAACCUGACGGAGAACCUGGCGUAUGUGCUCGGCCACCCGUCCGAGUCCCUGCGGAAGAUGACGCUGCCCAGCCUGCCGUGCCUGCGCGCGUGGGUGCGGGAGCAGUGCCCCGGGCCGGGUGCGCGCUGCACCAACGUCAUCGCGGGAGACUUCAUCGGGGCGGACUCGUUCGUGGGCGACGUCGUCGGGCUCAACGCGAAGCUGCUGCACCGCUGCGGCGUCCGUCCCCCGCCCGGCCUGGGGCGCGCGCCUCACGCCGGGCCUCGGGAGAGCGGCAGCCGGCGGCGCCCCGUGGUCGCGGGACUGUCGGGCGGGGUCCCACGGAGGAGACCGUGGAGCGGGGAGAGCAGCGCCCGCUCUGGGGCCGCGGGGCCUGUCCUGCCGGCCGCCCUGGGCUCCCUGGGGCCUCGCUCGGGCUCCCCUAAGGAAGCGGCGCCAUCAGGGCCUGUCCUGCCGGCCGCCCUGGGCUCCCCUGAGGAAGAGGCGCCGUCCGGGCCUGUCCUGCCGGCCGCCCUGGGCUCCCUGGGGCCUCGCUCGGGCUCCCCUGAGGUAGCGGGGCCGUCGCGGGCCGCCUGA